AUGGAAAAUUUAAAAAAAGCACAAUUAACAGUAAUUGAAAGAGAUAGUUUACCUGCUUCUGAUAUUUAUAGUGAAGCUGAUGAAUCUAAUGAAAUUAAUGAUGAUUCAAAAGAACACUGCUUGCCUAAUGAAAAUGAGUGGAGAUUAGUUAAAGAAUUAAUAAACAUUUUUGAACUAUUUGAUGAAACUACCAAAGUAUUUAGUACUAAAAAAUACCCAACAUUAUUGAUUGUAUAUCCGAUUAUUAAAUUUUUGAAAUUUAAAUUUGCAACUGAUCUGAACCUAUCCUUAAUUGAGGCCAAUAUUGAAGAAUAUGCAUCAGAUAUUAACAGUAAUAGUGAAAGGGAUGAGGAUUCUAAUAUUCAACCAUCGAAAGCUCUCCAUAUUCAAUCUAUGAUUUUAGAA